ACUUGUACUAGAAUUAACAUAUCGUACGCCAUGUACUGUGUUGAUGGCUCAGGCUUAUGCACAUGUAUGUAAGCUGGGGCAUACCAGUUUCAUUCAUACAGGGAACCCCAAGUGGGUUAACAUCACCGUAUAGGUCAGAUCAAAAUCAGGAUAAUAUUCAACCUUGGUUCUCAGGGCUGGAACAAGCAGGCAUGACUCGGCUGAUUUGUAAAACCCACUACAACAGUUUCCAAAGAGCUCUCGCUUGCCAGUAUGUCACAUCCGCCGUAUCCCGAGCAUUCAAAGGCAGCGAGAAAUGCCCCGGGGCUGCCCGAACUCUCUCAGAUGUCCCGGGACCCGAGGGGAUUUACAACGUCCCCUUCAUAGGAAAUGCAUUGCAGUUCCGUUCUUACAGGAAAAAUAAAGACACACAUUUGUUUUUUCGUGAACUACACAAACAAUAUGGUAAAAUGUCGCGGAUUCGCCUUGGGUCUAAGAACUGUCUCAUUUUGUUUGACCCGGAACUUAUCAGCAAGGUGAUGGCGCAUGAAGGACCUUACCCAGAACGUUAUCCGGUUCCAUUGAUGGAAACUUAUGCAAAACGCACGAAGAGAGCCAUGUUUAAUAUCCAGAAAGGUCCAGAUUGGCAAAGCAUACGAAGCCCAGCACAGCAGAGCAUUAAACCAAGCGUAAUCAAGCUGUAUAUACCCGUGCAGAAUCAGUGCGCCGAAGAAUUGGUCACGUGGCUUUCAAACUAUGGCAACAAUAAUCCUGACGUUAAGGAAGCUUUCAUGAGGUAUUCGGCUGAUGCCAACUCCGUAGUGGCUUUCGACAAGAAGAUUGGAUUUCUACAGAGCAUGGGGAAACCAGAUCCAGAUCCGGAACUUCAACUUUUUCUCCGCAGCAUAAGUCGGUUCAUGGAAUUAGUCGGACAAAGUAUUUACACAGUUCCGACCUAUAAGCUAUGGCGAACCAAGUUGUACACGGAGUUUGAGACCGCUGCCGAUAACGUUUACAGAAUAAGUGAAAAAUACGUCGAUGAAGCACGAACAGAAUUAGAAAACCAGAGGAACUUGACCGAGGGAUCUCAGUCCGGCAAAUUCGGAGAGGAGCAAACGAUCCUUAGAUUUCUAAUUCAAAAUGGACGGAUGCCAAAUGAAUUUAUUGUCAACUUCAUGACCGCCCUGUUAUUUGGUGGAGUAGAGCAGGUUUCACAGUUCUUAAUGUGGAUGUUUUGGUUGCUUGGGAAAUCGCCAGACAAGCAAGAAAAACUUCAUAAUGAGAUAAAGACCAAUAUAGGGGAUUCCCCGGUGACUGUGGAUACCCUCGGACAUUUGCCUUAUUUGAAAGCGUGUGUCAAAGAAACAUUCAGACGAAUCCCACCAAUCGCAACAGGGAUAGCUAGAAAAAUUCUUGAGGAUACAGAAAUAGAGGGCUACCAAAUACCCAAAGGGACGUUUGUCUUUUUUGGCAAUAACACCCUGUCCAUGUCGGAGGAAUAUUUCGAGAACCCCGAGGACUUCCUCCCCGAGCGCUGGCUGCAGGGUGCCCAUGACCCCCCAACACAGCGUCUGAUGGGUCUGUGUGUGCUCCCAUUCGGGUUGGGCAAAAGAAACUGUCUGGGGAGACGAUUCGCUGAACAAGAAAUCCAUCUGGCGGCAAUAAAGAUUUUGCAAAAAUUUCACGUGGAAAUAACAGACGACUGUCGUGAAGUUCGUCCUGCGUACACGACUUUCGCUGUUCCCGAUCGACCAAUCAAAUUCAUUUUCAACAGACGAUGAUAAAAAAUGCAAGCAAUGUCAAGGCAACCCCAGCAGUCACCUCGAUUUACGGACUGUUAUACAUAACAAGACUGACUUUUCCAAAAGCGGAAACUGGCAUACAGGCAGCAAAUGCCGCGCAAUAUCACUCAUUUGUCGACACAUGAAAGUGGGUUAGAGAAACGACUUGAGUAACAUUUGAUUGUAGAAUUACACUGAGUGCAAACAUAUACUGUUAUAAUUAUUCAUCCAUUUAUCGGACAUAAACAUCAGAGACAUAAUUAGAUGUUAUUUAUGUCUCUGAUAUGUACAUGAAUAAUUAUGCUAAAUUAGAGCUGAUGUUAUUUCAUUAUAGAACCAUUUUAAGAAGACCUUGGACUUUCGGUAUGACGUAACUAUGUAUUUCUUGCAUCAAAACAAGUUUUGAAUAAUGACGCUGGUAUUUAGUGAAAUAUGCAUAGAUUGCUCAAGAGCCAGACAAAUCUUGUUGAUUUCAAAGAGUAGCCAGCACUGAAAUAUUAGAAAGGUCUACGUCACAUUGUGGUUUGACAGAACUACCUAAAAGCCCAAGCUCUCGUCAAAAUGGUUCUAUUUCUGACAGUUUUGCAGUGAUGGGUUUCAAAUAACCUCUUCAGCGACUGACAAUCAAAACUGGCUUUUUAUACGUGUAGUAUAAUGAUAAGGUUAUAAAUUUAACAGAACAAACUCGGAAUGAUUUUGUUGCAAUAAAUCUCAAACGCAUUAAUGUGAAUUUCAAGAUUUCAUAUAGAAAAGUUUGAUUUUGAAUUUCGUUUAGACAUUGUUAAGUUUGUUUAUGAACAUAUUUGUACAAUAGUUUUAACUGUUUUGUAUUGUUUAUUUGUAAACAUAUAAAAGACCAAGCAAUUUCA